AUGUUAAAGACUCUCUUCUCCACUGAGUGCCUUGAUGCAUUGCCUGUUUUGGCUCUCUUUCUCUGGAUAAUCGCCAUAGUUGUCUUUCCUUUCAAAAUUGGACACAGCAAUCGGAUUGAACAAUCGUUGAGUUUCGACAUACUUCAAGUCGAAGCUAAUAUUGUGGAAGAAUCUAUGAAAGCCGUUGAAAUCACCGAAUCGAAACCAACCGUGCACAGCAAGGACCGCUCAAAGAAAGAUCACAGAUUUAACUUGAGGCUCGCCAUGACAAUGAUGCUAGCCAUACCUUGUGCAUUACUCCUUCUUGGUCAUACCAGACUGAUCUCUGCACUUCAUGGCGGCAGGUGGGCUCCCAAACGAUCUACAUUAGAGGCUUCCAGCUCGACGGGCCUGCAAGAAGUGUUUGAAGUCUACCAACCAGUCUCAUUAACGUCCCACGGUUCCCACGGUUCCCACGGUUGCAAUGUUGAUAUGGUGCUGAUGGACCAUGUGUUUGCUUACAGCUACGGCACGCCUUUCGUUGGAAUCUACGAGCCACCUAGCUGUGAGUUCGAUACUGUUCGGAUCAAUUUUACAGUCUCCUCCCGUGGUGUGCAGUAUGACCGCCUGGCUCUCAUGUAUCUGGGGGAUACAGAAGUCUUCAGGACCUCAACUGCCGAGCCGACGUCAACUGGAAUUGUUUGGACCUACGUCAAGGAGAUGUCCCAGUACAACGCACUGUGGAAGAACAAACAGAAGUUGAUCUUUGACCUUGGCAACAUUGUCAACUCCGAAUACACCGGGGACUACAAUACUACAUUGAAAGCACACUUCUCUUACGAAGGCAACGUGAAGACUGCAGACUACAUCUUGCCCAUCUCUAGCAAGGGCUCAGCUUCAAAUUCAUCCAGCUCUUUUACGGUUCCUACUGACAAUACAACGGUCAAGUACACGAUCCCAGAUACGGUAUCGCGUGCGAUCGUUGCAAUCUCUGCGUGUGGUCAGUCAGAGGAAGAAUUUUGGUGGUCAAACGUAUUCUCCCAGGACGAGGAGGACUUCAGUAAUACAAUUGGCGAGCUUUACGGAUACUCACCCUUCCGGGAAAUUCAGCUCUAUAUUGAUGGGAUGCUUGCUGGCUUCGUUUGGCCUUUCCCUGUCAUAUUUACUGGAGGCGUCGCCCCUGGUUUCUGGCACCCGAUUGUUGGUAUCGAUGCCUUUGACCUUCGAAUGCCCGAGAUUGACAUAUCUCCAUUUUUGCCACUUCUUCAAGAUGGCGAAGAGCACUCUUUCGAAAUUCGAGUCACCGGGUUGACUGUGUCCGCCGACGGAACUGUUACACUUGCAGAUACCAUAGGUUCAUAUUGGGUUGUCACCGGAAAUAUAUUCCUCUUCACAGAGGGGAAGGAGGACUCUAAAGAGUUGGUGGCUCGGGGUAGCGCUAUUCCCCGUAUUGAAGCUCCAGCACCAAAGUUCACGGCCACUCGGAAUUUGGUCCAAGGCGAGAGCGAAAACAACACUCUCUCAUACUCCAUCGUGGCGGAGAGGACGUUCAGUGCAUCCUCUGACAAGUUCUCCUGGACACAAAAAUUGUCUUUCUCCAAUUAUGGAUACUUGAACCAACAAGGUUACAGUCAGGUCAACAAGCAGCUGACUUCCGGCGUAUCGACACUUACAGAGCUCGGAGAUAAGUUAGGCUCCUACGAGACUACCUUCAAUUAUCCUCUGCUAGUUAAUGCAACGUAUGGGAUCACUGCAGGUUCGUUAAUUAUUGACUCCUGGAUGAAACGCGGGCUAGAUAUCGAGGCUUCUGGGGGUCCAGGCAUAUCCACGUACACUUUCGCCUCUGGGCCUUCAGAACUACAUACCACCCAGUCCGGACAGGCCCAGUACAAGUCUACCACCAACGGUACCACAUCUUGGGGCGAUACUGCAGAUGAAUUCCAUAGCACAGGAAACGGCGAAUCAUACUCACGAUCCGUCAGAGCUGUAGGUGGCGAUGUGGUGUAUGAUACCAAAUCUGCAGCCAAGUCUGUUUCAUCUUCUCACGGUACGGAUGCCACUGGAAGACAGACCGUGCGAGAAAUGCUCGGAAGGGGUCCUGGAAAACCAAGGAGCUAG